GCACGCGCAGUCGUUCUCGUGUCUGCGAGCGGUGAAGAUGGCGUGCUCCGCGGCUCGCUGGAUCACCUCGGCGGUGUCCUCCGGUAGCAGACGGGCCUGCUCUCCUCUCCUGUCCGGCGCGGAUGGAGCUCGCCGGAGCCUCUCGACGCUCCCGGGCCGCCGGGUUUGGACGCGGCGCGGCGGAGGAGCCGGGACUGCGGUGACAUUGAAAGGCGUGACAGCGCUGAGCCCUUCUUCUCAUGUCGUCUGUAAGACGUCGUUCCACACCAGCUCUCCCGCCAGGAAACAGGAUUUCUACCAGAUCCUAGGAGUUCCUCGCACAGCCACGCAGAAGGAGAUCAAGAAAGCUUAUUACCAGAUGGCAAAGAAGUAUCACCCGGACACGAACAAAGACGACCCUCAAGCGAAGGAGAAGUUUGCACAGCUGGCCGAGGCCUAUGAGGUGCUCAGUGACGAGGGGAAGAGGAAACAGUACGACGCGUACGGCUCGGCCGGGUUCGACGCGGGUCAGGCCGGCGCGGGACAUCAGCAGUACUGGAGCAGAGGGAGCAGCAUCGACCCCGAGGAGCUUUUCCGCAAGAUCUUCGGCGAGUUCUCCGGCGCUCGAGGCUUUGGGGACUUCAACGCCAUCUUCGAUCAGCCACAAGAGUAUGUGAUGGAGCUGACGUUCACCCAGGCUGCUAAAGGGGUGAAUAAAGAGAUAACCGUGCACAUAGAGGACGCGUGCCAGCGCUGCGGGGGCAGAGGUCAUGAGCCCGGGUCCAAAGUCCAGCACUGCGCCAGCUGCAACGGGACGGGCAUGGAGACGGUGAACACGGGGCCCUUCGUGAUGCGCUCCACGUGCCGGCGCUGCGGUGGGAGGGGCUCGGUCGUCACCUCGCCCUGCACGGCCUGCCGCGGGACGGGACAGACCAAGCAGAGGAGGACCGUCACGGUGCCUGUCCCUGCGGGGAUCGAGGACGGGCAGACGGUCCGAAUGCCUGUGGGCAAGAAAGAGAUCUUCAUCACGUUCAGAGUCCAGAAGAGUCCGAUUUUCAGGAGAGACGGCGCUGACGUUCACUCCGAUGUCUUGAUCUCCGUGGCUCAGGCCAUACUGGGCGGCACGGUCAGAGCACAAGGACUCUACGAGACCGUCAAUCUCUCGAUCCCGUCUGGGGUCCAGGCCGACCAGAAGAUCCGGCUCUCCGGUAAAGGUAUUCCACGGGUCAGCGGCUACGGUUACGGUGACCACUACGUCCACGUCAAGGUCAAAAUCCCAAAGACGUUGACGGACCGGCAGCGAGCGCUCAUGAUGAGUUACGCGGAGGACGAGGGCGACGUGGAGGGAACCGUCAAUGGAGUGACCAGCACCACCACAGGCAAAAGAUCCACCGGUAACUGAGACUCAGCUUCACGGUAGACCUGAAGGACGCGGGAGAGAAGGAAGAGGGUCUUCUGCUGCGACGCUCCUCAGAAACUAGACACCGAGGAGCAGCGGAGGCACUACUGACUUCUAGGAGAAGAUCCCCGAGGAACGUGAUCUACGCACAUUUACUCGUCUCACCUGAAACGUCGAUGUCAGCCAUAGAUCUAGUCUUUGGUCUGCUAUUGUACAUUUAUUUGUCCCUUUUCUCAUGUUUUGAAGCAAUCGGCUGAGAACUAUAAGACCGUAUAAUUUCAGAAUAAAGUGCGGCGUUCGAGAUCUUGGUUUGAGCCGACCCCUCGCUGAACGUUACAGCCUCCUGCUCGAUCAGCAGUGUACAUAGACGGCUGUCCGUAUUAAAAUCAGUUUAAUGCGUUGUUGUAGAGAGAAACAAUGCAAUGCAAUGAUGAAUAAAAUCUCAGAUGACUGUAAAUCAUGUUGUUAUUCAAUAGAUCGUAUUUAUCCUUGUGCAUUGUUCACAAAAUAAUUGUUUGGAACACAAAGUUGGUAAAGAUGACACACUGUGUUGCUAGUACUUAACUGAAGAAGAAAAAAAAAAGUUACAUGCAUUCUUCAAAAUAAAUAAAACUAGACUUAUCACUUAUGAGUCUGAAACUACUAACCAAUUAUCCUAAGUCGCUUUUCCUCUCAGUUGUGUCUAUAAAGUGAAGGUAAUACCAAGUUUAAAUAAAGUUUUUAAACAAAGCGAA